GUCCCUCCUUUAUCAUUAUCACAAUGCGGAUGCUUUCGACGUCAAAGUUCUCUCAACGCUAACCUUCUCUCCCAACACAUUCUAAACGGUGAAGCGCAGUUGAUGGGUCCCUCUCAUGGUUUUCUCAGUCUAGAUUCUACCUCAUCCAGUGCAAGCCAACAUGGUGGCCCAGACAUGGAACUUCGGAGACUCAAACCAGUUCUUCAAGUCGCUCUUCUCGCACUCUCCGCACGACUCGCCAAUCAUUAAAACACCGCAGAACAACAAUUCCACUUGGCCCGUACUCUUCGAGCGGCUGCAACAACUGGACCAGCUCUUCCAGGCCUGGCACGAGCAGCUCCGAUCCUUUUUCACGUGGCAAAAGUACGAACCGGAUGCUCGCACCCGAUCCCAGAGUGAGGAUAUUACAGAGGUCUCGGACGGCUCCUCGUCUUGUGAAGAUGGACCGGGAGAGCACUCGACACUGAGAAGACGCUCGCGACCACGUAGCAAGACGCUGGCAGAUUGCAGACUAGAGGUGAACAACAGUCGCAAACCAGUAGCAGAACAGACCAAUGUUAAGGACAGCCAAGCAUCGAUCGUGUGUCCGUCGGCCAUGCAGAUCUGCAUCAUGAUCGUCGGUACACGAGGCGACGUGCAGCCGUUCUUGGCCAUUGCCAAGCGACUGCAACAAGACGGACAUCGAGUGCGCCUCGCCACGCACAAAAUCUAUCGAGAAUUCGUAACCAGUCAUGACGUCGAGUUCUACCCUUUAGGCGGCGAUCCCAAGGAACUAGCAGCCUACAUGGUGAAGACCGGAGGGAGACUCAUCCCUCCACUUAAUCUAGAGACGCUACAGAAGGAUGUUCCGAGACAGAUGCAGAUUUUAGAGGACAUCUUGAUGUCCACAUGGCCUGCAGUGUCUGCUCCCGAUCCAGACGGCAAAGCGCCGGGUGUUCCUGGUUGUCCGUUCACAGCACAAGCCAUCAUCUCCAACCCCGUGACGUACGGACAUAUCCAUGUAGCAGAGAAACUCGGUGUGCCUCUGCAUAUCAUGUUCCCACAGCCAUGGGUGCCUACGGUGGCGUUCCCCCACCCGAUGUCGAAUCUACCGUAUCAAGACAAACCGCAGAAGAGGAAUUAUCUGUCGUACAAACUCGUGGAUUUGUUGAUGUGGGAGGGUAUGGAACGCCUCGUCAAUACUUUCAGAAGUGACGUACUGGGUCUGCCUCGCAUCAGAAAGGGAGGACGCGGUCGAGAAAUGCUCCAGGACUUGGAUAUCCCUCACUCGUUCAUGUGGAGUCCGUCGUUGGUACCGAAACCUUUCGACUGGGGCGAUCUGUACGAUGUUGUUGGAACGGUGACGCUGAAGACUGAAGAUUCCUCGUACACGCCGUCUCCAGCGCUUGAAGCGUUUCUAGGUAAUGGCAAAGGGCCCGUUUUCGUUGGAUUUGGAUCGAUGGUGCUUGAAGAUCCACUUGCAACGAGCAGGAUGAUCAUCGAGGCGGCGAAGCAGGCGAACGUGAAAGUGCUGAUCCAGUCGAGUUGGACGGAUAUGGCUGGCGAUCUCGACGUCCCAGACAACGUCUUUUUCAUCGGAAACUGUCCGCACGAUUGGCUUCUGGCACGUUGCUCUGCCGUCGUACACCAUGGCGGUGCUGGUACUACAGCUGGAGGUCUGCUAGCUGGCAAGCCGACGUUCAUUGUGCCAUUUUUCGGAGACCAACCGUUCUGGGGCCGAGCUGUGGUUAAAGCUGGCGUUGGAGUGGAGCCAUGUCCGAUCACUGAACUGACGACGAAGAAGCUUCGAGAUGCGUUUGAAGAGCUGCAGAGUCCGUUCUUGCGCAAUCGCGCUCUGAGACUCCAGAAGCGAAUGCAGAAAGAGAACGGUGCAGAGGAAGCGGUCAAGAGCUUCUACAUGCAUUUACCUCUACGUCGCUCCGUGGACUACGCAGCCAGAGGUCAAGAACUGACGAACGUUACACGAGUCACGCCAACAGGCGCUGCUGUGUUCCUACAGGAGAUUGGCUGGACUAUCGCGUGCUUGAACCACGUCGGUGGAGUCGUGCGGGACAUCAGCCAGUUCCUGCUGCUCUCGUGCUUCACGUCGUGGGAUGUCGUUCCGGUCAGAUGAAGAUCAACUCGUCCAGUUCGUAUAGCAGUCGAGAUAGAGAUUAGAAAAGUUUAGGAUACUCAUUCAGACGGGAGGUGGAGCGAUCAAAUGGUAAGUUUAGUUUAGAGUGAUCAAAUAAAUACACCGUUAGUGAUUU